AUGACUGAAGUCAAGCCUUGUUUCAUCUCACUCAUCGACGACGGAGACCGUCCGCUACUGAUACACGUUGUCGAAGGUGCCAACGAUGAAAUAGACAAUGUGCUGAAGUUCAAUUCAUUUUCAAACAUGGCAUUGGACUACCUCGAGAGCGAUCUCUUUGAGUGGAUGAGCUCAAACCAGGAAAGCCGGGAUAUCAAGAACUUGUUCCAAUUAGAGGGUGUAUCUGUCUAUGGAAAACUUAUAAAACAAACAAGCCUGAAGAUCGUCAUUGGGUUUUCGAGCAACCUCGACUGCAAAGACGAACUCAUCCUCCACUACUUCAACGAAGUGUCGAAGCUUUAUGUCAAGUGCAAAUUCAAUCCUUUCGUGACCAGCAAUGAUGAAUUAAAAGAGCAGCUGCACAAAAGGUUCGCUGAAAGGUUCUGA